AUGAUUUUCAAACAUUGUUUGUUCGUCUUUACUUUAUUCUUAUUGAAUUCAAAAUAUGUUGCUUUAGCUGAUUGCCCAACAUAUUUUAAAGUAGCUCAAUGUACUCCUUGCCAAACAACUCGCUAUCAACUCACCAUUCCUUCGGUCCCUGGUAACCUCACUUCCGCGACGACUUGUGAUCAACCUGGUCGAUUUAAAGGAUUUGCUGAUGCUAAAUAUGCAAAAACGCCUAAUGCAAAGUACUCAGCAAUUAAUACAGAAUUUUGUAACUUGGAUAAUCCUUGUCCAUCGAAUGUCUCGAUUAAAGGAUAUCAACAGAUUCAAAAAGAUUGUACCAAAGAGAUUGCGAGUCAAGAUAAUUCUGUUUUUGGUUUAUUUUACAGCUAUUAUUAUGCUGUUCCUGAUUAUCAAAAUCUUUGUCUAAAGAGCUCAAGUAAUUCUGGUUCUUAUGUAUGGCGUGACAUCGAUGACCUUGAAAUUGAAUAUAUCAGAAGGAAGCGUGAUCCCUCAAAUAGAACAAUUAUUGGGGAUAUUUACAAUCUUUUCCCACCUACACUAAAAAUCUAUUUCAGGUAUAAAGAUUCGAAUAGCACCUUAAACGAUGAUGUUCCGGAUGAGAUUUUGUGUAGUGAGGAUUAUUUAAAAAUAACAGAUAUUUAUGAUCGAUAUAUUGCUGAAAAUAGACGUAGAAAUCAACAAACUGCUACUGAUAAUAAUAUACUGCAACCUCAAUCUCAACCACAAUCCAAUACAGUGUUAUAUCACAAUCUGCCCCAAACUGUGAAUCAACACACUGCUACAACACAAGUUCUGUUUGAUCACAAUUUGUCCCAAAUUGCGAAUCAACAUACUGCUACAACGCAAGUUCCGUCUAAUCACAACUAUGCUUACAAUGAUCCUAGUUAUGCUUCUAAUUUAGCUUUUAAACCCCUUUUGACAUAG